UACUUGAAUGUUAUCAUGUAUCUCGACCAAUUAUUCGUUUAUUCUAGAUAGAUUGCCGGAUGUAAUUGGAAAUAUUAUAUUUAAAAUUACAGCGAUGGAAAAAAUUGCUCUUAUGUUAGCUGCACCAGAAAAUAUAAUAUCUUGCUGCCUAACAAAAUGCAAAAAUUACCAGAAAGCUAUGCAAAAUGAAAUACUUAAAGUCACGUCUCAGCCUGUGCCCGAUGCUGUAAACCUAAAUAUUAGUUGGUCACAACUUGGAGUUGAUAGAAGAUCAAGAGUUAAACUAGCUCUGCAAGCCAUAAUCGCAAGAUUUGAAUUAGAUGCAAUUUUUCGUAUAGCCGUCAAGAUGUGUCGUCUCAAAGGAUUGCUCUUGAGUAUACAAAAUCCCAAUGCAUAUAUUAAAAAAGUUAUACUUGACGAUGAUGGUAAAUGUGUCCUAACUGACAUAGACGAAAAUAUUUACAUACACAAUUCUGUUUGGGACCCAAGUAUGGAAAGUAUACUUCACUCAAGUUAAACGUAAGAAGUGUUUACUUGCAUCUCGGUUAUAAUAAAUCAGACCAAGCAAUUAUAAUAUGGAUAACUCAUUGAAAUUAUGAUCUACUAUUGUUAAUAUAUUGAAAUAACCAAAGCGAAUGUUA